AUGAUUACUUCCGCCUUUGAAAUCAAAUUAUCCCUAGUUUUCGAAGGCGGAUAUUCGUCUGUUGAACAGAUAAAGAUCAUGAGGAAGCUAGUCGAUGAAGUUAAGGCUUUAGAUAUGUCGAAAAUCGAUUUAAAUUUCGUGGCAAGAUAUAUUCAUCAGAUUUUUUCAAUCGAAAAUUUAUCUUUAUCGACACUAAUAAUCAACAUGUGCUAUGAACUGGAGAAAGCAACAAAAGAAUACAUAACAGAGAAGUAUGACUUCGAUAAAUUGUUUGUUAUUACUGGAGACUACAGAACACUUGAAUUAUAUCAGUUAACGACAGAACUGGAGACACUGAUGUAUCAUUACAUGAAUUACAUUAUAGAUACAUAUCAGGCAAUGCCACAUUCAAUCGUUUUUGGAAUUAUUUCAAUAAAUGACUCUCCAAGAUUUAUUUUACGAGAAAGUAUCCUCGACACAAUCGUCAAAGCUAUUGAAACAUGCCAUCAGAUUUGGGAUAUUCCUCAACUUGGCACUUUAUUUAUCAAAAUACUGACAGCAACACAAAAUGAAGCAAUGUUCGCCUACGUCCCACAAGCAAUUGAGCGGGGGAUCCCGUUCGUCGUCCAAGAUCAUUUUAUAUCAGAAAUUGUUUCUCCAUUUACUCAAGUAGCUCCAUUAUCUCCAGAUACAUGUAAAAAUUCAGAAACCAUACUAUACACCCUUCUACGUUCAUGGCCAGGCAUAAUUCACUUCGGAAUGAAUCAAAACGUUUUAGUCGAUUUAUUAACGUCAUUUAAUCAUCAAGCGGAAAGUAUUAUAGCAGUAUUCAGAGAAUUACUAUUCCUUCAGCACAAAAGUGUUCCAGGAAAUGCUUUUGUUGCGUUUACAUUAAAUUAUUUAAUUAAUUCAGGUCUUAUUACAGUUUUAAACGAUACAACACCAAAUAGUAAGACAGCAGCACUAUUUCUAGAGGACUUACUCCCUUCAAUUGGCAGUACAAUUGCCAGAGAUUUAGAUUUGUCCGCAAUUUCAUCAGCUCACGCUCAACAAUCAAUUACUCCCAACUGCUCAUCAUUGGUAUUUAAAUUGGCCCAAUCCUAUUCGAUGAAUCAGUCAAUUACAAGUAUAUCUUCUUUUGCUUUCAAUUCUAUCGAUCCGUACUUAUGGGAAUGGCAUAAUAUUUACAAACUGUUAUUUAUUAUUUUGCCGCAUAAUGAAUCCGAGUGUCAAACAAAAACUGCUUCAAUAUUCUUUUCAAAACUGUUCGAAUGCUUUGCCAACGCAUACCUUUCAGACAAAACAGAGAAGAAUGUUGCUAUGGAAGAGUCUUUGCAAGCUCUUUUCAAGUUAUUUGUUCAAUAUAAUAAUCUUUGGUCAAUUCUCGAAGCUUCUAUGCUUUUCCGUAAAGCCAUCGAUACAACACUCACUAACAUCAUCAAGAACCAGCCAGAUGCGUCCGCUCCUUACUGGCCAAUCUUCAAAACCGCUGCUUUUAUGUCCUGUCAUUCCGCACCGACCAAAAUACUCAAAAAGUGGAAUUUGUAUGACAACAUGAUCAAGAUUGGCUCAAAGAUCACGAAACCAUGCUGUGCGCAGAUGAUUUUGAAUUCAUUGGAUUGUCAUCCUGAUCCAAGCCUCGUCAACGAGACAUUUGCGACAUUUCUUAGUUCCUCACAACAAGAAAUUCGCGAAUGCUGCAUCGAAAACUUGAGAUCCCACAUAGGAACGGAAUUUUUUGCUAAAACAUGUUUCCAAAACAUUGUUUUACCAAAAUUAAUAAGUAGCGAAGAUUCCUCAUUACUCUCCUUAUUCUGUGACUGCAUUGUUCACGACAAAAACUGUUUGGAAGUCUCCAAAAACAACAAAGAAAUAAGAAAAGUUUUGUUCAAAAAGUGCCGACAAAUUUUAUUUUUCAUUUUGGACAAAAACGAGUUAGAAAAAGAGAUUGAAUGGUGGGUUGACGAAGGAAACACUUUAUAUGUCGAUAUAUUCCAAGCAACAUUCAAUUGCAGUUUUUCAAAAGAAAUCCCAAAAACCGUUUUUGAAAAAUUCCCAUCUUUGAUGUUCCCUCUUCCUCCACACAUAUUUGGGGAGCUCUGCCAAACAAAAGAAGGGGCGGAUUUGCUCUCAAAAUACGUUAAAAAAGUCAUUGAAAAUCUUUAUGUAAAAAGUGACGAAAAAGAAAGAAUGGGCAGCUUUUUAAGUAUCUGUUUAUUCGGAUCCAGUCCUAUUACAUCAUCUUACAUGGAAUCACACCAAAUUCUUGAGAAAAUCCUCGAAGCAGAUCUAAAAAGUUACAACGCAAUCGGACUCAAAAUUGCUGGAAUUUCUUUACUUUACAAAUCCCCUUAUAUUGUUUCUUGUCUACAAAGAUACUCAUGGAGCUCUUUCGAGUUCGGACAGACGAAACUCCAUUUGCCAUCUUUGCCUUCUGUCAUCAAAAAUUACCAAAGAAAAUUGAUAAAAAGUGACAUUGUUGAGAUUCCUCCUGAAUACAAAGAAACAUGCGAAAUGGUGAUUUGCAUGACGAAUCCUAAGAAGAAUGUUGACCCUAGAAUGAAAUUAAAGAACUUGGAAUUAACAAAGAAAGGUUCUGUUUCAAAUACAAAAGUGGCAAAUUUUGUUUUGAAACAAAUUUCUUCUUAUUAUUACAAGAGGUCUAACAGAAUAUUCCUUUUCGAUUUGGUUGGAGCAACACCUUUGAUGGAAAAACCUACUUAUAGUAUAGAAAAAGGAGCUUUGAAACAAGCAAAAAAUGAAAUUUCAGAAAUUAUCAAAAAAUAA